ACCCUCAUGGUUAGUUUGAAUUGUAUUGCAGACGUUUGUAUCGUGCCCAUUGGCACCGGUAGUGCCUCAGUGUCCGACGAGGUUACACUUAUCACCAAGUUCUUACGUGAGAACCCCGAAGGUUUGACUGUCACGUUGCACUCAGCUGGCACCACCAUCGAGGGCAACUGGGACGUGGUCAUGGGAAAAAUCGGUCAGAUGCACGAGUUAUUACACCACCACGGAGUGGUCCGGAUCCAGAGCGACAUCAGAGUCGGCACAAGGACCGACAAGUCUCAGAAGAGCAUCGAUAAGGUGAGAAUCGUGGAAGAGAAGUUGAAGAAACUUGUAUAAUAAUGUAUUAUAGAAUAUAAAUAUCUACCAAGCACACGGCCCCAGCCGUCACCUGGCAUUCCCAGCCGUCACCUGGCAUUCCCAGCCGUCACCUGGCAUUCCCAGCCAUCACCUGGCGGCCCCGGUACUCUUGUCAAGCUCCUUCGUCCACGCAUCAAGCUCAUCCACCAAUUGAUCAAGCUUCUGACUCCGGUCGUCGAUAUCGUCGAGAAGCUUUACGUACGCCCCAUACUCCUCGUCUACAGCCGUUAGUAUAACCAAUGUCCCGGUGGUUGUCGCGGUUUACAGUACAUACCAAUUGCUUUAAGGGUGUUGGAGUGGGUGUCCAACGCAUCGAGCUUUUGCUCCAACUUGAUAUAAUUGAGCGCCUGGUUGGUGUUCAAGUUCUCCAAUAAGUUCAAGUCAAUAGUCGCCACCUCCGUGUCAGACUCCACAAGCCGCGACAACGUCGUAAGCCCGUGGUAUGCCAACUUACCAGUAUCCCUCAGGGCAGACAUGGAAAAU